CAGGAUUCAGGAGGAUAGUAUUUCAGUGGGGGAUUUCUUCAAUCGGAAAAACGCCGAUUUCCAAUCCUCUGUUUCAGUGGGGGGUUCAGGGUUUUAGCCUUUUAGGCUCGUCGUCGUCAAUUUUUUCUCUCUGGUUCGUUUUUGCCAGUUCCUUUUUGCAAUGGGCGACGGUGAGGGGGAAAGGAAGGAGAUUGAGAUGGCUGCAGAGAGGGCUGAAACGAGAGGAGCCCAGAACUGGGAGGAAGAAUGGGAGGAGAAUUCGGAAGAAACAGGGGAGCAGGAAUUCAAGAGGAUUCCGCCGUGGACGAAGCAAUUCACGGUGAGAGGGAUAGUGGCGAGCGUGGCGAUCGGGUUUAUAUAUGUGGUGAUCGUGAUGAAGCUGAUUCUCACAACUGGGAUUGUCCCGACGUUGAACGUUUCCGCCGCGCUGCUGGCCUACGUGUUCGUCACCACUUGGACCAAGCUUCUGAAGAAGGCCGGAUUCGUCACCACUCCCUUCACCAGGCAGGAGAAUACCUUGAUUCAGACCUGCGCCGUCGCUUGUUACAGCAUGGAUUUUGGAGGUGGGUUUGGGUCGUACCUUCUGGGUUUGAACAGGAAGACGUACGAGCUAUCUGGGGUUGAUUCGGCGGGGAACAAUCCGCGGAGCGUAAAGGAACCGGGUAUUGGAUGGAUGAUUGGUUUCCUCUUUGUGAGCAGCUUUGCUGGGCUGCUUGCCCUGGUUCCUCUCAGGAAGAUUAUGAUAAUAGACUACAAAUUGAGCUAUCCAAGUGGAACAGCUACUGGUGUACUCAUCAAUGGAUUCCACACCCGAAAGGGGCACAAGAUGGCCAGGCAAGUAAAUCGUUACUCUUGCUUUUGGGUUCGGAAACAAGUCCAAGCCUUCACCAAGUACUUUUCUAUAAGCUUCAUAUGGGCCUUCUUCCAGUGGUUCUUCUCCGGUGGACCGAAAGAUCAGAGCAAGAACUGUGGUUUUGUGCAGUUCCCAACAUUUGGAUUGGCUGCUUGGAAAAACUCAUUCUACUUCGAUUUCAGCACGACUUAUGUCGGAGCUGGAAUGAUAUGCUCCCAUCUCGUCAAUUUCUCGUUGCUGUUUGGCGCGGUGCUCUCCUACGGGGUAAUGUGGCCGUUGAUCGAUGGACUUAAGGGAAACUGGUUUCCUUCUACACUGCCUGAAAGCAGUAUGAAGAGUCUCAAUGGCUACAAGGUUUUCAUUUCAUUCGCUUUAAUCCUCGGGGAUGGGCUCUACAAUCUUCUCAAGAUACUCUGCUGCACAGUUGCCAACCUUCAUACUGGUGCAAGGGAGAGAAGAAACCUGAAAAUUGAUUCAAACGACCGGAAUCAGCCUCCAUCCGAAAACCUUCGAAGAAACGAAGUGUUCAUGAGGGAGACGAUCCCGAUUUGGAUAGCCUGUGUGGGUUACCUCGCCUUCUCCGCCAUCUCAAUCGUCAUCAUCCCCCUCAUGUUCCCUCAACUGAAAUGGUACUACGUGGUAAUUUCCUACAUUCUCGCCCCGGCUCUCAGCUUCUGCAACGCAUAUGGCGCUGGGCUAACCGACAUGAACAUGGCCUACAACUAUGGCAAAGUGGCGCUCUUCGUCCUUGCAGCCUUAUCCGGGGAAGAAAAUGGCGUCGUUGCAGGGCUCGUGGGGUGUGGACUGAUCAAGUCGAUCGUGUCAAUCUCUUCUGAUCUGAUGCACGACUUAAAGACCGGCCACCUCACUCUGACUUCCCCACGAUCCAUGCUUGUCAGCCAAGCCAUUGGUACCGCCAUAGGUUGCGUGGUAGCUCCACUCACGUUCUUCCUCUUCUACAAGGCGUUCGACGUCGGGAACCCCCAAAGCGAGUACAAGGCUCCCUACGCUCUCAUCUACAGGAACAUGGCGAUCCUCGGAGUGGAAGGCUUCUCCGCCCUGCCUCAGCACUGCCUGCAGCUCUGCUACGGGUUCUUCGCGUUCGCUAUAGCAGCCAACCUGUCGAGAGACUUGCUGCCGAAGAAAGUAGGGAAAUGGAUCCCGCUCCCCAUGGCAAUGGCUGUGCCUUUCCUCGUAGGAGCGUACUUCGCGGUUGACAUGUGUGUGGGGAGCUUGGUCGUUUUCGUCUGGCAUAAAUUGAACAGCAGUAAGGCCCGCUUGAUGGUUCCUGCAGUUGCUUCCGGGUUGAUUUGUGGAGAUGGGUUGUGGAUUCUGCCCUCGUCGAUCCUUGCUCUGGCGAAAGUGAAGCCUCCCAUUUGCAUGAGCUUCUUCAAAAGCUCGUAGAUUGUAAAGAUUUUAGGAUGGUAAUACUUUUUUCGGCUUCUUUUAACACGGGUAGAACAGAGAUUCAGAAGAAUUCUAGGUCAAGUAGCUUCAUUGCUUGGUAAUGCCUGUACAAUGUUCUUAUUCUUUAACAUUUUUCCAUUGCAAAUAUGAUAGGAGGAAAUCAAGAAAGUAUCUAAGCUGGUAAUCUCAAACAGAGUAACAAUGGUGGAAACGAAAAAGGUCUCUUAA